AUGUGGUGUCGCCCCGUCCUGCCCCUGGAGCGGCCCCGACGCCACCUAGGUGCAGCCCAGGCCCGCCCACUUAACGGCGCUGGCUCUCCCCUCCAGACUCCCGACCCGCCCAGAUGCACCGUGGUCCCGCCCAGGCCCGCCCUGUCCUGUCCAGCUCCCGCCCGGGUCCGCCCUGGUCCCGCCCAGGCACCGCAAGGCUGCGGGAUCACGUGGGCGCGCGACCCGGAGGCGGAACCGCGGGCGCGGUGUAGACCCGGCAGCUCCGGGAGCCUGGAGGACGCAGAGUUUGCCGCGUCCCGGCGCCCAGCCAUGGGUCACCCGCGCCUCCCUUACUCCCCCGCCGCGCUGCUCGUACUCCUGGCAGCGCUGCUGGCCGCGCCCCACGCGGCCCUCGCCGAGGACCCGCUCCUGGUGCGCGUGGAUGCGGCCCGAGCGCUGCGGCCCCUGCGGCACUUCUGGAGGAGCACUGGCUUCUGCCCUCCUCUGCCACAUAACCGGGCUGACCAGUACGACCUCAGCUGGGACCAGCAGCUCAACCUUGCCUACGUGGGUGCCGUCCCUCACGGGGGCAUCAAGCAGGUCCGGACCCACUGGCUCCUGGACCUCGUCACGGCCAGGGGGAUGGCUGGCCGGGGCCUGAGCUACAACUUCACCAACCUGGACGGGUACCUGGACCUUCUCAGGGAGAACCAGCUCCUCCCAGGUUUCGAGCUGAUGGGCAGCCCCUCAGGACGCUUCACUGACUUUGAGGACAAACAGCAGGUGUUCGAGUGGAAGAACCUGGUCUCACUCCUGGCCAGGAGAUACAUUGGUAGAUACGGGCUGGAGCACGUUUCCAAGUGGAACUUUGAAACCUGGAACGAGCCAGACCACCAUGACUUUGACAACGUGUCUAUGACUACGCAAGGAUUCCUGAACUACUACGACGCCUGCUCCGAGGGUCUGCGAGAGGCCAGUCCAGCUCUGCGACUGGGCGGUCCCGGCGACUCCUUUCACCCCCCGCCCCACUCGCCGCUCUGCUGGAGCCUCCUGGGGCACUGCUACAACGGAACUAACUUCUUCACGGGGGAGGUGGGCGUUCGCCUGGACUACAUUGCGCUCCACAAAAAGGGCGCGGGGAGUUCCAUCUACAUCCUGGAACAGGAGCAGGAGACUGUGCAGCAGAUCUGGCGGCUCUUCCCCAAGUUCACCGACACCCCAGUCUACAACGACGAGGCCGACCCGCUGGUGGGCUGGUCCCUGCCGCAGCCGUGGAGGGCCGACGUGACCUACGCAGCCAUGGUCGUGAAGGUCAUCGCGCAGCACCAGAACCUGCUGGUCGCCAACACCAGCUCCUCCAUCCGCUAUGUCCUCCUGAGCAACGACAACGCCUUCCUGAGCUACCACCCGCACCCCUUCUCACAGCGCACGCUCACCGCCCGCUUCCAAGUCAACAACACGCGCCCACCACACGUGCAGUUGCUGCGCAAGCCUGUGCUGACAGCCAUGGGGCUGCUGGCUCUGCUCGACGGCAAGCAGCUCUGGGCGGAGGUGGUGCAGGCCGGGAGAAUGCUGGACAGCAACCACAUGGUGGGCGUCCUGGCCAGUGCCCACAGCCCCUCGGGCCCCGCUGACGCUUGGCGCGCCACGGUGCUGGUCUACGCGAGCGACGACACUCGUGCCCACGCCAACCGUAGCGCCGCUGUGACCCUGCAGCUGCACAGGGUGCCCCCAGCCCCGGGGCUUGUCUACGUGACACUCUACCUGGACAACCGGCUGUGCAGCCCCCAUGGCGAGUGGCAGCGCCUAGGCCGCCCCGUCUUCCCCUCGGCGGAGCAGUUCCGGCGCAUGCGCGCGGCCGAGGACCCUGUGGCUGCGGCCCCGCGCCCCUUCCCCGCCGGCGGCCGCCUGACGCUGCGCCCGGAGCUGCAGCUGCCCUCCUUGCUGCUUCUGCACGUGUGCGCACGCCCCGAGAAGCCCCCGGGCCAGGUGACCCGGCUCCGGGUGCUGCCGUUGACCCGCGGGCAGCUGCUUCUGGUCUGGUCAGAUGAGCGCGUGGGCUCCAAGUGUCUGUGGACGUAUGAGAUCCAGUUCUCUGAGGGGGGUGAGGUGUACACCCCAGUCAGCAGGAAGGCAUCGACCUUUAACCUCUUUGUGUUCAGCCCAGGCACGAGUGUGUCCGGCUCCUACAGGGUUCGGGCUGUGGACUACUGGGCCCGGCCCGGCCCCUUCUCAGAUCCUGUGCGGUACCUGGAGGAACCUGUCCCAUGA